GCAUGUGAACGCCAUAUGAUUCUCGUAGCGCUUCCUGAAUAGCGCUACAGAUGCGCGAGAAAACAUUACACACUUCCAUACCUUUUGUAACUAACUCGCUUCUUGUGUGUCAAAAUGAAAAUGCAGAUUCUAGCUUUGGCUUUUUUGUUUGUUGUCGGAGCAAUGGCGGGGAAGUACUCGAAAGAAAUGAAUGAACAAAAGGCAUCUGAUAAAAACAACAAUCAGGUGGAAUUCAGGAUUGCCAAAUUAAACCAGGUUUGGGAAAAGGCGACAAGAAUGCAGCUUGCACCGGUGCGACUCUCAGAACUGCACAGUGACUUAAAGAUCCAAGAGAAAGAUGAACUUCAGUGGAAAAAACUGAAAGCAGAAGGGCUGGACGAGGAUGGAGAGAGAGAAGCCAAGCUCAGACGCAAUUUUAAUAUUAUUUUAGCGAAGUAUGGAAUGGAUGGGAAAAAAGACACCCGGACACUAGACAGCAACAGACUGAAAGAUCACGAUGUUAAAGAGGGAGACACGUUUGAUGACCCAAGGCUGGACAAGCUGUGGAACAAGGCUAAGACUUCUGGAAAGUUCUCUGACGAGGAGCUCCAGACCUUGCAGAGAGAAUUCCAUCACCACAAAGAUAAAAUCAAUGAGUACAACAUUGUCAUGGACACUGUCAGCCGGACCGAAGAGAUCCAUAAGAACGUAAUCAGUCCUCUUGAGGGUGAUACGAAGGAACAUGUUCUCCAUCAGAAACACGCAGAUCUGAAGGAGAGGAUGAGGCACCUGAACCAAGGCUUUGAACGGCUCCGCAAGAUCACCCAUGAGGGUUAUAGUGCUGACAGUGAAUUUAAGGAGCCACGAGUCAUAGAACUUUGGGAGAUGGCAAAAAGAUCCAAUCUCAGUGAAGAUGAACUCGACUCUCUUAAAGAGGAACUUAGACACUUUGAAACAAAGGUGGAGAAGCACCAGCACUAUCAGGAACAGCUGGAACUGUCUCAUCAGAAACUGAAGCACGUGGAGGCCCUGGGGGACAAAGAUCACAUCAUGAGAAACAAAGAGAAAUACAACACGCUUGCUGAGAAAGCACGGGAAAUGGGAUACAAGAUGAAGAAACACUUGCAGGACUUGACGAAUAAGAUUUCCCGAAAUGGAUUGCAACACAAUGAACUCUGAAUGUCGUUUUUGUCAUGAUGACAGCAAUACUGUUGUUUGCAAAAUUGUUCAGUGGUCACACAUGCUGUAUUCCAAAAUGUUAUCCAACACAGGUGGUCCAGGGUUAUAAAGGUAAGGCAUAUUGUACAUGAAUUUAACAUUUCCAUUAGUAAGCCAGACUACAUCAUUUUUUUUAAAUGGUACUGAGCAGUGAUGAGUUCUGCUUUCGUUAGUUAUUUCCUGUUUUGCUAUUGUGCAGCAAAUGGCUACUAGCCGAAACGCAGGUGCAUGUUCAUGUACUACGAAUUUGGGCCAAAUUUGUUUGUGGCUCACUUAUUUAAUAAUAGUUGAUUUUCAACAAAUGCACAACGAAACGUGUAGCAUCCCACAAACGUGGGUGCAAAAGAAUUCAACAUUCCUCCACAACGUGAGCACGGAGAAUAACUUUACACAUGAAAAAAAGCUCUUUUUCAGCAUAAACAGUAAUUCUGUUUAUUUAAACUCCAAUCAUGAACAUCCUAACGGCAUAAUAGCUAUUUAUGAACAACUGUGCUACCCCUGUACUGGCGAGGUUUGUUCAGGAUAACAGUACAAUCUGACAGAUUCCGGAAAAUAGUGCUUUAGUGAAAAAGACUAAAAAGGCUGGAGUGUAAUUGAGAAAGCCCCCCCAAAAUUUUAAGCUGGGGGACUUCAAUAUCAGAAUUUAGCCAGUCAACUAUGAUAUUGACCGAAACUCUAAAUAGCAUUGAAUACAGAGCCCAUCACCAUGAUUGACAGUGUCGUCCCACGAUAGACUUUAAAUCAACAUCCUCGCUGUUUAAACAGUUUCAUCUGUUAGACCUUUGAGAUUUGUCAUAAAAAUUCUAAUAUAAACUGCACUAAUUCUUUCUUUUGUGAUUUAAAAUCCUUAUAUUAAAAAUGGUAAUCCAGCAUCGUAAUGAAUUAUGAAUGUGAUCUCCAUAAAUAAUAGGACUGAUUUUGUAUGAGUCCACAUUCUGCUCAUUUCAUGUUACGCUUUUUGUAAUAAAAACAACUUCCAAAGA